UGUUGUUCUCCAUUUCAAGAUGCCUUUGCAGUUUCGAUAAAUGCGAACUGACAACUCUCAGGGCCACGACAGUAGAGAAAUCAUGACUGCUUAAAGCCUGGAAGACUGCCCUUAAUUAAGGAAAAUCCCUGAUUGUUGUUUGAAAUGCUGAGAAAGUUGCUGCGAAGGAGACUUUUCUCUUAUCCCACUAAAUACUUCUUCCUGCUUCUUGUUUUUUCCCUAGUCACCUUCUCUGUUUUAAGAAUUCAUCAAAAGCCCGAAUUUAUAAGUGUUGGACAUUUGGAGCUGGUUGGAGAGAAUCCUAGUAGUAAUAUUAAUUGUACCAAAGUUUUACAGGGGGAUGUAGAUGAAAUCCAAAAGGUACAGCUCGAAAUUCUAACGGUGAAAUUUAGGCAGCGCCCUCGGUGGACAACCAAUGACUAUAUAAACAUGACCAGAGAUUGUAAUUCUUUCAUCAAGAGGCGUAGAUAUAUCAUGCAACCCCUUAGUAAAGAAGAGGAAGAAUUUCCCAUAGCAUAUUCUAUAGUGGUUCAUCACAAAAUCGAAAUGCUUGACAGGCUCCUGAGAGCCAUUUAUAUGCCUCAGAAUUUCUACUGCAUUCACGUGGACAGAAAGUCAGAGGAUUCCUUUUUGGCCGCGGUGAUCGGCAUCGCAUCCUGCUUCAGUAAUGUCUUUGUGGCCAGUCAGCUGGAGAGUGUGGUGUAUGCCUCGUGGAGUCGGGUUCAGGCCGACCUCAACUGCAUGCAAGACCUCUACAGGAUGAGUGCAGACUGGAAGUACUUGAUAAAUCUUUGCGGUAUGGAUUUUCCCAUUAAAACCAACUUGGAAAUUGUCCGGAAGCUCAAGUCGCUAAUGGGUGAAAACAACCUAGAAACUGAGAGAAUGCCAUCCAAUAAAAAAGAAAGGUGGAAAAAGCAUUAUACAGUUGUUAAUGGGAAGCUGACGAACACAGGGACUGACAAAAUGCACCCUCCUCUCGAAACACCCCUGUUUUCAGGCAGUGCCUAUUUUGUGGUCAGUAGGAUGUAUGUGGGGUAUGUGCUAGAGAAUGAAAAAAUCCAAAAGUUUAUGGAGUGGGCUAAAGAUACAUACAGCCCAGAUGAGUAUCUCUGGGCCACUAUUCAGAGGAUCCCUGAUGUCCCGGGCUCAUUGUCCUUAAGCCAGAAGUAUGACAUGUCUGACAUGCAUGCAAUUGCAAGGUUUGUCAAAUGGCAGUACUUCGAGGGGGAUGUUUCCAAGGGUGCCCCCUACCCACCCUGCAGUGGGGUCCAUGUGCGUUCUGUGUGCGUGUUCGGAGCAGGGGACUUGAACUGGAUGCUCCGCAAGCACCACUUGUUUGCCAACAAGUUUGACACGGACAUUGACCUCUUUGCCAUCCAGUGUUUGGAUGAGCAUCUGAGGCAUAAAGCCCUGGAGACAUUAAAACAUUGAUGGUUCAUUUUAGGCAACUAGAAAUGAGAAGACAUGUGCAUGAGUUGCACCCUACCUGAUUCUUCUGCCUGGUGAUAAACAGAGAAACUAUAGGGGGCGCUUUUUG